AGGAAAAUCCCAGGUGGAAUAAGAGAUCAAAGCUCUGCAUCCAGUGUGACAAAAUGGAAAAGGGAGGUCCAAUGGCAACAUACUCCAGUAGUCUUCCAAUGCGUCAAGUGAGAUAAAAAUUGAUUGAUUCUUACAAAAAGGUAGAGUUUGUAGUUUGUUGCAGACUUUCAGGGACUUAGAAUCCUUCAUGAGGUAACAAGUAAUUCAAAAUAGCCAAAUUUUUUUUGGGUUGAAGGAGAGCCAGCGCUCACUAAGCAUCACUCGGCAAACCAGCCGCUUCAGCAUCAAUCUUGAUGAAGGAUUCCAACGCAGGAGGCAGAUUCAACACACCAUGAGUGCCCAACAGAGAUGACUGUCGCCAUUCUGGAAAGCCACUCAGCAGUUUUAUCGAAAUUGCCAAAUUUACAUUGCGAAGAAUAUACACAUAAAUAAAUGGGGACAAGAGUAGACAGGGAGGAGGCAAAGGGCAAAUAGGAAGUCGAGGGGUAAAAGAGUAAAUAGAGAGAAAAACUGGUGAGAGACGGAUACGGCUUGAAUUUGAAGCAUUGGAAGGUCCGAACAACAACUAAAAUCACCACCAAACCCAGCUCCUCUCCAUACGCAGACCUACCGCUUGUUUCGAAUAACUCUACGUUUUUGCUUGCAAGUCAAAUUACAACUCAAUGGCCAGCAGCUCCGCCCUGAACUUGGAAGAUGUGCCCUCUGUUGAUCUCAUGACGGAGCUCCUCCGUCGCAUGAAGUGCUCCACUAAGCCUGACAAGCGCCUCAUUCUUAUCGGUCCUCCUGGAUCAGGUAAAGGUACUCAAUCACCAAUCAUUAAGGAUGAGUACUGCUUGUGCCACCUGGCUACUGGUGAUAUGUUAAGAGCAGCUGUUGCUGCUAAAACUCCUCUUGGCGUUAAGGCUAAGGAGGCUAUGGACAAGGGAGAACUUGUAUCUGAUGACUUGGUUGUUGGCAUUAUAGAUGAAGCAAUGAAAAAGCCUUCAUGUCAGAAAGGUUUCAUUCUUGAUGGAUUUCCUAGAACUGUGGUCCAAGCACAGAAGCUUGAUGAGAUGCUUGAAAGGCAGGGAGCUAAAAUUGAUAAGGUACUCAAUUUUGCGAUUGAUGAUGCAAUUUUGGAGGAAAGAAUUACUGGUCGCUGGAGCCACCCUUCGAGUGGUAGAACCUACCAUACAAAAUUUGCACCUCCAAAGGUUUCUGGUGUAGAUGAUGUGACCGGAGAGCCCUUGAUUCAACGCAAAGAUGAUACUGCAGCAGUUCUUAAGUCAAGGCUGGAGGCAUUUCACAAGCAAACUGAACCAGUAAUUGAUUAUUAUAAGAACAAGGGUGUUGUUGCAGAGCUUCAUGCGGAAAAACCUCCAAAAGAGGUCACAGCUGAGGUUCAGAAAGUGCUUUCCUCUUAAAAUGGGGCCAUUUUGACAAACAGUGCAGCAUUUUGCUUGUGAUAUUAAUGGAUUUUCGUUCUCAUCAUGUAUUUUAAACAUGUUUCCAUACACGCUGAUCUUCUUGCUUGUCUUAUUUUGACUGCAUAUGCCGGCUAUCCUCCCUUACUGAGGUAUUUAACUGUAUUCACAUAACGAAUAAAGAAACAACUUUUGUUUUA